AUGGCAGUAUCUUUGGGGGACUCCCGGAGCGGUUUCCGCUACAGCGAGAUAGUCCGGUUCAUCAACGAAGAGGUGCUCCAAAAUGGAGGCGGCCCGGACUUUUACUCAGCAUUCAGCACUAGGCCCUGGUAUGAGAUAGAGGACCAGCUUCGAAGUAUUGUGGUGAACCCUCAGGUGCCGGACAACAGCAAGAGGGCGUUCGCCUGGAGCGCCUUGGCCUUGGGUGUUCGUGCAGCCGCUAGGCAGCGCGAUAACUACGCGCGCGGGGUCUGGCGACUGCAGGAGCAAAUCGAGGAGCAUGAGAGCGCCGCCAGCACUCUGGUGUCCAAGCUGCAGCAGAGGAUCAACGAGCGUGAUUGGCUGGUCUGGCAGUGCCGUCGGGCGCGGGAAGACCUGCAAUGGACGCUGGACCAGCGCGAAGCGGCGCGACGGCAGCUGCUCCUGGCUGAGAAACGGCGUCAGCAGGUCGUACCCAAGCCUCUAGCGCAACAGCUCGGGAUUAAUACGCAGCCUCUGAAUGUAGGGGAGCGGAGCCAGGUGCUGGCCAAAAUGAGGCAGCGUCAGUCGGGUGCUGAUUCCCAGAGAGAGAUGGUCUCCACAACAGGUGUGCUUUACGUGUCAGGCCCCUCAGGCCCCCAGAUGCCUACUGGGGUGAGCCACCCACCUGGCAGGUACCCUGCAGUUGGGUCCAAAAAGAAGAAAGCCCUGCAGUGUGACGAGGAGAGCCAAGGCCAAAAGGAGGGUCCUGUGAAGUCCCACUUCACAAACCCCUCAGGGCACAGCAGGAGCCGAGAUCGAACCUCAGAGAAGCAGCAACCUCAGGGACAGGUGCCCAGUCUACCAAAAGGUAAGAAAGUCUUUGAAUCCCAGCAAGAGGAGAAACCCAGACCUCAGGGGUGGGGAUUGGGACUGUCUGUGGUAGAGUGUGAAUAA